UGUGUUUUUGAGGCCGACAGCAGAGCAGCAGGGCCUGAUAUUCCCGUCAAGUCUCGGCAGGUAAAUCUCACCUGCGCUCCACGCCCUCCAGUCAUGCGGAGCAGGAAGUGGCUGUCAGUGUCCUGUUGGGAAGGGAAGGAAAAUGCAGCUCUGCCUCUGAAAGACUAACAUCCACGAGUUCAUACUUUUGUUUUGUACCUUUUUUACUUUUUAAAAAAAUUUUGUUUAAUCUUAAAUUUGUGAGGAUGCGGGUUUGUGCGACGCCUGCGCUCCUGGCGCUUUUACUUGUGGCAGCAUUGGACUCAUCAGAGUGCUUUCAGACGGUGGUGCGAGCAGACAAAGCCUCCACUGUGACGGUGUCCAGCGAGCUAGCUCAGUGUGCGGUGUGCACCGUCAGCGGGGACAACGGGACAGACACAUCCUGCCAAUCUUCUCUUACCCUCGUACCUGAAGAUGAAGUUACACUGCUCUUUAACUGCUCCAAACCCAUAGAGGAGUCUUUUACGGUGACGAUUAGUAGCUCCAUCGAAUGUACUAAGGAUAAAUGCAACCCCAAUGUGGUGGAAGUUUCUUCAUCCCUUCUGAAAGAGUUCAGCAGAACCUUCACCUGGGAGCUGAAGGCUCCCGAGAAGACACUCGUGAGUCUGAGCAUCCUCUCCAACGGGGUGAUGGAGUCUUCCCAGCCGUGCCCUGAUGGGCUUCAGUAUUCAGUAACCACAGCUGAAAGCAAGGGCCCCACUCUCUACUGUGAAGGAGGAUCCGUGACCGAACUGGAGCUGCUCCAUCAGGCUGUCGUGUCUCUGCAAGUUAAACCCAAUGUACAGCUGCAGGAUAACUUAUUUCAUGCCACCGCUGGACCUUUGAAACGAAAACUGGCUGUAACCGUUGAUCCCAGUACCGUUGUGGUCCUGAGUCGAGGUCCGGCGGGGCUAGAAUGUGAAGUGUGUGAUGGCUCCACUUCUGACUGUAGCUCAACAGAAAAGACAUUAACUGGUGCUGAAAAGCUCUCGGUGGAAUUCAGCUGUCUCCAACCUCAGGAUGUGUUCAGUGUGGUGGUGAAAAAGACAAUAGAAUGCACAAAAAGUUCGUGCACACCUGCUGCUGCAGAGGUUGAGCCCAACCUCUUCCAGGAAUUCAAAAGAACCAUAAUAUGGCACAUUAGUGUCCCAGAGAGGACUGUUUUAACAUUGGACUUUGCUGCAAAUGGACUGAGUGCCAUUUCUGCAGCAGAAAUUUGCCAAGAUGGAUAUCGGUACACAGUGGCUACGACUAGAAGUGACGGAGAAAUCAAAACUAACAUCUACUGUAAAGGUGGGACAGUGUCUCAGCUGGAUCUGUACGGAAAGACAACUCUAACUGUGGAAGCGCCCAAAGGAGGAGAACUGGAAAGCCCUGUGUUUGGGGCCAAAGCAGCACCGAGAGGGGGCAGAAUGAUGUCCGUGACCCCCGACCCAAACACCAUCAUCAUCGUGAAGAGAGCGAGCAGUGAGCCUGACUGCAGCGUUUGUGUGGGCGAGGGCGCUGCAAAGAAAUGCAACACACAAGUUCUACGACUGACUGCUCCCCAAGACACUUCGGUGGAGUUUACGUGUCCAGAACCUCAGACCGUCUUCAGCGUGGAGAUCAACAGAGAAAUCGACUGCACAGAGGCCUCUUGCUCUGGUAACAUCGUUCAGGCCGAGACCCAGUUCUUUCCAGACUUCAACCGGACCUUCACCUGGGACCUGAAAGUCGUCUCCACUCGCGCUUUCCAGCUGGACUUCCCAGAGACAGGAAUGCGACAGAUUUCUAACCAGGAGAUGUGUCCGGACGACCACACGUACUCUCUCGUCACCUACCUGCGCACCGGACCGGCCACCGUCGGCACCUUUUGUAAAGGAGGCGACACCACCACCAUACUGGCUCGCUACAAAGGCCGCAUGUCCCUGCAGGUGCCUGGAGACGUGAAGGUGGACCCUGUGGACAUCAAACUCAAAGUCGGGCCUGAGACAGAGAUGGUGGCCAUCGUGAAGGUCAACCUACCCCGAGGUGUAUCCAACACGGACUUCAUCACACCCAACUACCCUGAAGAUUUCCCUGAUGACGAGCAGAUGCAGUGGAGCUUUAGCGUGCCGGGCAUGCACAACUACACGGUGCACUUUCACGAGCACACGUCCCCAGAAUGCCUGAAGAAAGAGGUGGAGGUGGAGUACAAGAAGGAGGGCAAGAAGGGGAGCAACCUGACUCUGACGGCUCCUCAGCCCAAGCAUCACCAGGGAAACUUCCACAUGGUGCUGAGGAACUGUGAAACCAACAGAACGCUCAAAGGGCUCUCGCUGAGCUUCAGAGUUUCUGUGAUGAGGAGCGGUCACCCAGUUCUCUGUAAGGUGGAUCUGACCAAACAUCCAAGUGUGUCACUGCAGAUUGAAAAAGUGGGCUCUGAUCCUUAUUGUGAGAUGAGCCUAAACUCUGAAGUAAAAGAGAAGAUAAAUGUGGCUCCCGGCACCACGGCCAGCCUCUCCUUCCUCGACUGUCCACAUGAUGAUCUUCGCCUGACUGCCAGCAAAGUUAUUGCGUGUAAAAACGGCGUGUCGUGUUCCUCCACUGACCUGGCUGUGCCCAAGCUGGAUUCCUGCCUGGCCAUGCCCCUUCACAACUUCACCUGGCACCUGAGCAUCCCCCAGGACAGCACGCUGGACCUGGUGUCCCCCACGGGGAGCCUGCAGCAGUCCCUGCCCGGCCAGGAGUGCAACGACUCCUUCCUGCUGCACGUGGCCGAGACCGACGGCUUUUCUCUCGGGGAUUUCUGCCCCAAAGGCAAGAUCCAGAAAGUUCAACUGCACACCAACGUCUCCGUCACGGCUACAGCGCCAGACUUGAAAAAGAAGACGGAUCCUUUCCUCAACGUCAAUGUCAGCCGGGAGAUUGCAGAGACCAUCAUCUAUAGAGUCAACCCUACCAUGAAGUCUCCCACGUUGCUGGCCACCCCCAACUGGCCUCGGGGAAUGAAGCCGUACUCCACCAUAUCCUGGAUCGUCACUCUCCCCAGUCAGUACAAAGCUCACCUGAUGUUCGUCAACCUCAGUCAGCCCAAAUGCGCCGACAGACACACCGGCAUCAACGUGAAGAUGUUCGGGUACAAGGAAGAGCUGAUGAGCCGCAGGGAGGACGAGCAGGCGGAGGACAAGUUACUGGUUCCACAUAGUUUCUAUCUCAACAUGUCCAACUGUAUGCCAGAGGAGGGACACUUUGGUACCAUGACCAAGAUCGUCCUACAGAAGAAGACCAAUCUGUUGGCCAUCCUCCUGGGGAUAGCAGGAGCUCUUGUGUUCGCACUUAUCCUGCUGGGUGUUGUAUGUUUCAUCACAAAGAAAAAGAAAGAAAAAAUGAACAAGGAGUCAUCAAUCUACAUCGGCAAGGGGAAUAUCUUCCUCCCGGGCGACCGGCACUUCACCAAAACCCGCUCUGAGAACGGCUCCCACGUCUACGACUACAUCGACGACACCAUGGUGUACGGCCACCUGCUGGGGGAAUCCAACGGCUCCGACACCCCGCAAGAAAACUUAAAAGGACUGCAGGUCGACUCCUAUCAAACCUUUACCGGCCCCACCGGUGGAACGCUUCCUGUUAUUACGGAACCCGAUCCCGAGCCCGAGCUGAACUGCAACAUGACUUUCCUGGAUCCCUCCGAGACCUUCAUUCCAUCCCGCCCACGCACUCCCAUCGAACGGCAGGAGAGCCUGGGCUUCCAGGACCGCAGGAUGGUGGACAACGAGCUUUACACCUUCAAGAGCACGGGGGACAUAAACGCUAUCCAACUCUCUGGUGGAGACCUGGAACCAGAGGAGUAUUUGUAGUUUAGAAGAAUUAGAUCUGCGUGAUGAACUGUUACUGAAUCCCCCGUUACACAACGCAGGUCUGUGACCGAUGUUAACAUCUGUCCAUGGAUCACACUCAGGGAAUCUGAGUUCUUGAUGAUGUUGCUGUGUGCAGAACUCGGGGCCUUCUUUUGAGCUGUACGACUAUUCAGGAAUAGUUUGGAGAAAUAAAAGUGCAUUUUCACAGAAAGCCAAAUCAGAAGGUUUGCUCUGCUGCUAAAUCUCUGACAGCAGCGUAAGAACUGGAACUGGAAAUCUGUAUGGGAGACGUGUUUGACGCGGCAGUUGGACAAUUAUGAACUCUCAGCUUUAGGAAGCUCGUUGGAAAAGUUUAAUGGAUUUAUUUGAAGUUUCCUCAACUUUUCAAAACCUUUUAUGGGCCUUUUUUUUAAUGGAAAAAAUAACAACGCGUAAGGAUGGACUUUUUGCUGCAUUGUUUGAAAGUGUUCAAUUUUUUUAUUCGUGUAUUUGGUCAAGACCACGUUUACCCCACUGCUACCACCUCUUCCCCUCUUCUUUUUUCUUUUUUUUCUUUUUGUGAGUGUUUAAUUUAGUUUUCAUCCACCCUCAGUCCAAUUA